UCGGGAACCAUUUUGGGAACCAUUUUGCUCUUGCUGUUUUAGUUGACUUUCCAAAGGCAUCAGUUAAUUGUGAUCAAAAUUAGGCUAAACGUGAGAUUGCAGCGUUAGUUAUUUGUGAAUAUGGAAUUAAUUAAAUGAAAUAAUAAAGAAAGUACAAGAAAAGUAAAAAUUCAAAACAAAAAAACAUUUUUUUGCGAAGGAAGACUCAUCAUGUGGUCUAUUCGGGCGAGGGACAGGGAGCCCGMCACUAAGAACGGCUGCUAGGAGACUAACUUCCCAUAAUGCUUCAUUCUAGAAAAUGUCRCCGGGAUGCAUUGCGCGCGCAUGGUAAUUACUGCGCUAAUUAUAUUGUGACGUUGUAAACUUAUUAGAUUAGUUAAGAAAAAGAUAUAAAGAUCACUGAAUAAAACUAUUUUUGGGGAAAGAAAAUCUCAACUACUUCGCGUUAAUAUGUUUGUUUUUUUAAAAGAAAUUGAAAAUAUAGCACAUUUUAAAUCAGAAAUCAAAUUGUACAAACAUGACGUAACAAUGAAGUUGCUUUACGUCAAAUUGAAAUUAUACGACGUCACAAUUCUUAAURAAGUCAAAUUCAAUUAGUGUUGAACACGAGAAGGUGUGAUCAACAUGCUCACUUGAGUUUUUGUCAAUUUUUUGGCGAAAAUAUGGGAAAAGCUUUAAGCAAAUUCAAAAAGAACAAAGUGGCUCCGAUGCCUGUGGAGCCUGACCCGUUUAGCAAAGCCUUGCUAAAACAUGCGCAGAAGCUGAUCGACCAAGAAAACGAAUUGACGCGAGUAAGUGUGGCGACUCAGACGMGACCCAGCUACCUUUUGCAAAGCAGGAAGRAGCGAUCCGGGACGCCAUCUUGGCUCUCRUACGACGUCGAUCUUGAAGGCCGUGUUGUUAAGAAUGGAAUCAAGAUCAACUGCCCAGCAAAGUUGGAGAAAGACACGGCAUUGCCAGUKCUUACGCUGGARAUGUUGCUCGAGAAGCAAGAAGCCGCAGAGCGCAAGAGGCAAAAUCACCUCGAAAACAAAAAGAAAGCAACCAAGAAGAGUGAAGAUUUCAAGCAGCGUCAAGAGCUUGAAGAACARGAGCGACAAGCGAAAAUUGCCGAAAUGGUGGAGAAACAGAAGGCCAAACUCGCUAAAGCUGCUGAAAAUAGACAAGCUCUUCUCGAUGAAAGACGGAAAACAGCUCGCGAGAGUGUUCAAGURAAAACCAGACCAAAGUCAGCCGAGAGCGAAGUUCAGCGACAAGCAAAGAUCAUCAAGUUGACUCUGAAACAACAACAAGCCGACCUCAACCGAAAGGAGCAACUACAACUCGUCAAGGCGCGAGCUUCAAACGCUCUUUGCAACGCCAAGACCAAAGUCCUUGAAGUUCAGCGCUCGGCCAAGGCUSAGCUGAAAGCGAGCAAGAACGCACGAAGGAUGCGAAGCGCUGCUGCCAACAAGGAAAGAGCAGUUCGACGAGUUGUUCGCAAGCAGCAAAUCAGAGAAUCUCAUGCCCAGCGAGUGAGAGCAAGAGCUGCCAAACAACAGAAGGAGGACGAAGAAGUCGAUGAAUUCGACAGAGAGUGGAAUGCCGUCGAAACUGAUGAGCACUUCUGUGAAUCUGACAGCGAUGAWGAYGCUCGUUGGGGCUAAGCUCGAMGCYCACUUGGCGCGUUCGUCAGGAGACGAGGAAGAAAAAUUGAGGACAAAAAAUAWAGAAAUCUCCUAAAACGCGACAAGACAAAGACAAAAGAUUACCAGAAAGAAAGCCGCUUUCAUUUUUUGGUGACUUUCGGUAUACUUUUUGAGGACUGACUGUCUUUAUGAUUAAAAUUACCAGAAAACCAAAAAAAAAUACAAAAA